GCGCAGCGGCAGGGCGAGGCCGCCAGGUCUGAGGUGGGGCUUGCAGCGGCAAGGAGAAAGCGGGGCGGGCAGACGCCUGGCAGCGGAAGACGGAGCCGCGUCGUCGAGCAAAGCCCAGCAGCUCAGGAGCGCCGCCGGAGCCAAGUCGCCCGAGAGUGAAACGCGCCCGUCUAACCCUCCAAGAUGCCCGUCAAGGGAGGCACCAAGUGCAUCAAGUACUUGCUCUUCACGUUCAACUUCUUCUUCUGGGUAAGUUGGCGCGUCGUCGGAGCGCCCGCCCGCUAGGGCGCGGCCGGGGAGCGCAGACUUGGCGGCGCUCCUGCUCUCCUCGGCCGGCUCUUCGUGGCCCCCCGACAUGUUGAGAGGCUUGGGGGGGCCGUUUCGUUGCUUUCCCCAAGCCCCGAGACCUGAGACGACCCCGGCCACGUGUUGCGGAGCGCCGUGUAGCCGCGGCCGGCCGGAGUUGAGCUUCCCGGGCGGGCCAGGUGUGGCGCGUCCCGGCCAGGCCGGGGCUCCCUAACCUCUCCGAGGCCGCGCCUUUGUUUGGGGUGGGUGCGGUUAAUUAAAGGGACUUAGGACCCCUCGCGCAGUCUAGCCGCCCGCUCCCACCCUCCAAAAAAACUUUGCGGCAAGGCAAGUAGUGGAAACGUAGGAGCCGACUCCGAGGGGCCGGGGUCCCUUUCCUCUUUUAAACAAUAUUUGAUAGGGCUGGCCCCCUUCCAAGUUUAUUGGCACUGCCAUUUAAAAGUUUGGUGUGUGGUCGAUUAUGCAGGGUGGGGCUUACCUGCACCCCCCAAUAUUUUAUUCAAGUUGGCCCCCCUGGGCGGGGAGACGCCCGGGGAGUUGCGGGGUGACGCUUGCUUGGUGCCGCGCAGGAUUGCGCCCCCAGUCGCCGGGCAAGCGCUCCAUAAACAGGCCCUUGGGAGUUUAGGGACCUUGGUUUCAUCCCGCUCCCCCGGGAAGUGUCUCCCGGCAGGCCCUGAAGCUGAGGCCGAGCGGGGAGUGGCAACCCAGCGCCGGAAUCGGGGGAGCAGGGGAGCGGAGGGAGAUAGCACACCUGCCCAGGUGCAGGAUUUCAGCCGGCAGCUUGUGCGUAAAAGAUAACCUACCCCUGGGCAGCUGCAGAGUGCAUUUCCCUUUGGGCUGAGAAACCACAGAGAACAUCUUGGGAGCUAGUGGGAAGAGUUCCAGAGAGCUGGUAAUUGGUGGAGAGUAUAUAAUUAAGUUGAUCCCCCGCACAAGAGAGGUGUGAGUUAUCAGGACUCAUGGUAAGAGGAGUGGUCUGCGCCACCGGUGAAUCUGGCAGAGCACGUGGUUUCUUGGCACAGCCCCCCAUCAUGUACCUUGAGGGUUUCUCUUCUGUUUCCUCUGCUGGGAGGGUCACUGAGCAGUGGGAGGGGGGGGGCUGCCUCAAUCUGUGCCCCCUCCAGUGUCACACUGUAGCUCUCAAAGUCGAUUUGAGCUGGGGAUUCUCUAGGAUUCAAGUCUGAAACUGUUUUCCACUCCCAGGAGCUCCGUUCUAAGAACAUAAACACAGACCUGGCCCGGAAGCAUUGCUAAACCCAAGCUCUCUGGCUUAGUGGGACCUCCCGGGAGAGGAGAUCGCAGCCGCUUGGCUCCUUUUCUGGCUUGCGUCUGCUGUGAGCUAAGCCACCGUUUGGCUUGGUGUGCGUGGUCUGAACCCAGGCUCAUGGUUUGCCUUUGCUCCGUGAGCUUUUCUUGGGUUGUGGUUUUUCUGGAGGCAAACCAUAGGCCUGGGUUCAGACAACACUUGAAGGCAAGCCAUGACUUGGCUCACAGUAGCUGGAGGGCCUCUCCAGGAGCCCCCACAUUUGCUUGUUUUCACUAAGCCAGGAUUUGUCUUACUAGAUCAGGUCACGACGACAUGUAACACUAGGGUCCCUGAUCAUGCGCAGAGGGCAUUUCAUGUAAAAAGGUAUAACCACAGGGCACCCAGAUUAGAAUAGCUUCUGGGAAAGAUGGUAUGGUUUUUAAAUUGUAACUUGAAAGGCCCUUUCCAGUACAUACUUGUAAGAUCUUCAGUAGCCAGAAAAAUAAUUGGAUGUACAGUGGUACUUUGGUUUGCAACCGUUUUGGAUUACAACCCAUUUUUUUUGGAUUACAACCCAUUUUUUGGGAGGCCCCAUUGGCGAAAGCACGCCUUGGAAUUACAACCUGUUUUGGUUUACAACCAGACCUCCGGAACGGAUUAUGAUUGUAAACCAAGGUAUGUAGUUGUUUUCCAUAUCAUUGACUGAAGUUCUCUUAAUAGGUUGCAGGAGACUCCUGGAAGGUUUUUCAAAUUGUUACGCUCUUUGUAAAGAAGUUACAUUCUGAAGGUGCUUCCUUAGGAAUGGUAUCAUUUCCCUGCUUUCUAUUCUAGAUGGCAGAAUGAGUUGUAGACCAGCCUUCCCCAAUCUGGUGUCCUCCAGACUGAAACUCCCAUCAUCUCAACCAGCAGGACCAAUGGUCAGGGAUUAUGGGAGAGCGUCAGGCUGGGGGAAGGUAUUCCAAUCCGUGUUUGAAUUACAUUCUUCUUCUGCCCUAGUGCCAUCUUUUAUCUUGGCUUUAUCUGGAAUCUGUCUCUUUGAAGUAAAUAAACUCCUCCACAGGAGUUAACAUUGGUGUAAUCCAAUACUCUGCUCCCCCCCAGAAUGCACACCAGUGUUGCUUGCUUGAAAUUGCCUACCUGUGAAAAGCGCCUCGUGCCAAAAUGCAUUUAUUAAAAUAUGCGAAACUCUCCCAAAGGGCCUUCAAAGGCUGGUGUAGCAUAAUGACUAAUAAUGAACCAGGAACAACCCCCCUCCCCUUCAGAUCUUGCCUUUCGCUUUGAACUCAUUAGGUGACCUUGAGAAACCUGCCCUCUCUGCCUCAGUCCACUUAUCUACAGUAUGGGGAAUAACAAUAAAACUGGAAUGGAUCUAGCUGGUGCAUGUGAAUCAAGUCCCCAGGAACACCAGAAAGUGCUAUACAAAUGUUAAUUCACAGUGAUGCAAAGCUGAUAGAGUCCCAUAGGAGUGCUAUGCCAUCUCAGCUUGUGAAGUGACUUGGCAUUCAGUAAGUUCCAGAGGAGGCCUGGGACUGAGAUGGGGAAGGAGCCAAACCACUGAUGGUGGAUUUUAGCAAGGGCCCUGUGUUUCAGGCUGUGAUGAAGUGGGGGCUUCGUCUUCUGAGAAAGCUUAGCUGAGUAAUCAGCUAGUUUCUCCAAGAAUUAUUGUGCCCACCAGGAGACUAAAAUUCAAUACUUUCUCCCUUUCUGCCUGCCUCCCCCACCAUUGUGCAACUUCAGGUCUAACCUGCUUGGGAGGUUGUUGCAGUAUCGCAUAUGUGUAAAGGGAUUUUCCAGUACAAGGAAUUUCCCUUCAGGUGGAAAGAGGAGAACAUCGAAGUGGGCAUGGAUGCCAUACAAGUUCAGAGAGUGUGUGCAGGUAUAUUUAUGUAUAUUGCCCUUCUCUUUCCCCACCCCCACCCCUAUUGCAACAAAGCACCUUUCUGCAAUGAUGCAGAAGAUGGAAAGUGAGUGGGUGACAUCUGGUGACACCUCCAUAGGGUGAUCUUCGGAUGAACGGUGUUCUAGAAAUAUCGUAUCCUGUUCCCAGUUGGGUUUUGUUGUCCUGCUUUUGCGAUGCUGUAGCCCCUUCAGAAAGCAGCAAUGUGGUCGCAUUGGGCAAACAUCACAGAACAUCUAAGGAAGCAGAAUGAUAAUCCACUGUUACACUGUCAAGAACUUGUGGCAGAAUCUGCAAAGCGCUCUGAAAAACCACCGUCUUAAAGGGGCCCUAAUUGUAUUUUAUUUUUGUAAAAGAAGCCCAAUAACAAAAUCUGAGUCUGCUCAGAUAUUGGAUGUGGGGCUAGGUAUGUGGGUGAAUGUGCACUCUUGGCUCUUGGAUACUUUGUAUAAUUUGCUGUUAGCGUGUUCUAGCCAUGUAGUAUCCAAGCUGCGCACCUGCAUCUCACAGUAAGCAGCUGAAGAGAAGUGCUGGCACCUAAUGCUCUUUGGAUGGGACGCGGGUGGCACUGUGGGUUAAACCACAGAGCCUAGGACUUGCCGAUCAGAAGGUCGGCGGUUCGAAUCCCCGCGACGGGGUGAGCUCCCGUUGCUCCGUCCCUGCUCCUGCCAACCUAGCAGUUCGAAAGCACAAAGUGCAAGUAGAUAAAUAGGUACCGCUCUGGCGGGAAGGUAAACGGUGUUUCUGUGCGCUGCUCUGGUUUGCCAGAAGCGGCUUAGACGUGCUGGCCACAUGACCCGGAAGCUCCACGCCGGCUCCCUCGGCCAAUAAAGCGAGAUGAGCGCCUCAACCCCAGAGUUGGCCAUGAUUGGACCUAAUGGUCAGGGAUCCCUUUACCUUUACCUAAUGCUCUUCGGAGGCCUCUGUGGCAGAGACAAGCUGUUCUGGAGCACUUCAAACCAGGGCCGUCUUACCCAUAGAGGCUAGUGGCACCAGGGCGCCAUGUUCUGGAGGGCGCCAGGAAGAGGCGGAGGUUGAAUGUGGCGCCUCCCAGCAUCAGCUCGCUGCCCUUGCCUGCCUCUGCCAUGACACUCUAAAGCAGCGUCGCGCCUGGAGCCUCCGUCUGCUGUGGCCACCGCGUCACAAAGCGGCCAGCUGGGCCAGGAGGGGCCACGUCCAGCCUCCACCUCUUCCCCGCCAGAGGAGACACUCUUCAGCUGCUGCCUGCCUCCUCCAGCCCCACCGGCAGCACCGUCCUCCCAAAAAACUCUGGGAAAGGGGGGCGCCGGAGGGAGCUUUGCACCACAGUGCUGGGUAUCCUUAAGACAGCCCUGCUUCAAACAUGCUUGACCAGUUUCAAAUUGGCUUGUCUGCUGUUGUUGGUUCUGUGUGUGGCGAGCAGUUGAUUGAAGUAGGGAGAGAAAUUUCAUUUCUCCUUGUUCGGCGUUUUGUUGUUGCUAGGGAGUGGAGAGGCUUGUGUUUGCAUAGUUCAGAUUGUUCUUUGAUGCUUAUGGUUCGCUUUAGUAUGAAGUUUUUUAAGGCAGCUGAAGUCAAAAAGAAAGCACACGAUAAGAAAGAAAGAGCGCUGAAAGGCAGCGAGCAUCUUAAAAAGCAGUUGGAACAUAAAACCAGUUUCAAGAAAGCAACCUGCGGAAGUUCAUUGAAAUAAGUUUUUGCUGCCCUUCUAAAGAUAACAAUGGCAGGACCAGGCAGAGCUCUUUCUUGGGGCCUGUUUCCAAACAGAGCAAUCCUAUGACUAAUAAUAAUAAUAAUAAUAAUAAUAAUUUAUUAUUUGUGCCCCGCCCAUUUGGCUGGGUUUUCCCAGCCACUCUGGGCAGCUUCCAACAAAAGAUUAAAAAUACAUUAAAAUGUCAUAUCCAGUACACACACAUGCACACAUGAUGGAAGAAAGUGGCGCACAAGGUGUGUUUUGUGGAAUCUUGCCUCUUUUUACUGACGGAGGCAUUUCUGAUAAGCUACCAAGGAACCCCAGGAAGAAGUGGCACUUACUCUGUUCUUGUCUGUGAAAAGUGAUGGUGCCGUAAAACCAGACAUUCCAGCACAGCUUAAAGAGGUAGCUGGGUGGCUUCCUUUUUUUGCUGCGAAAGCUGCUUUCCAGCAGUCCCUCCCCUGAAGCUGUGAAAUGUCUUGGUUGCACAGGAAGGGGGGGAGGGACUUGGCUUUGAAGGUGCAAAAGCUCAAGGAGGUGGCUUGUUUUAAAGUGAAGUUAGAAGAAUCUCCACUUGCCUGUAUGCAUAAAUACAUGUCCUUCCUCAAUCCAGCCCCAGCUGCCUCCCCCAAACAACAUAGGAACUAUUCUAAGAUACUUUUUAAUUGGGGGAAAAAAAACACCCUUCACUUUAAUUGAAGAGUUUAGACACCAAAAAAGCAAGGAAACUAUGAGGAGUCAUGGCACAGUAAACACAUUUCUCACCUCAUGUGAUGUGCUGGCUUAGAACUGGGCCUUUGUGCACCCAUGCUUUCUGCCACAGUGCUGGCACCCAGUGUUCAUGUGCACCAAAAUUUAUUGCUACCUGAUUUAUCAUUUUUUUGAGCUAUGUGUUGUAAGGAAACCCCAAAAAGUAUGCUGUGUAAAUUUUAUGUACUGCAUAAGUAUAUCCAGUGCUUUUUCCCCCCCUUAAAAAAUGUUUAGGGGUACUCUCAUUGUGACUCAAGAAAAUCUCCAUUUUAUAAUUCAAAUCCGGGAAAAUAAAUACAGUAAAUGGACAAAAGUACAAAGAACAUGCAUUACCUCAUAUUACACAGAGUCAUCAUUAACUUUACACUUGUUUGCUGGCUGUGUUGAUGAAAAAUAGUCAGUAAUUUUCCUACUCGUAUUGAAAUACAGCCCCUCAGUGAGGCCAAACUUGCACCAGUAAAACACCACACAUCCACAUUCCACACUGCUUCACACAUUAAACGCCCGCUUCUGUCUGAGACUCAGAAAAUACUGGGAAAGGAAAUGAGGCUGCCAUCGGGGGUAGCAACGGAACUGACAAUUCACCGUGCUAGAGGAGAAACUAAAAAAUUUAAGUUUCUUCUCCCAUUAGAUUCACAAAACGUUUAGGGGUAUGCGUCCCCCUGCAUCCCCCCAGAAAAAAGGCAAUGAGAUAUCAAAGGCUUUCUAACAGUGCAAAUCUUUGAACUAAACUACGUAAUUGGGGGGGGGGGAUAGACAACCAUAUAAUUUUAUCUUCAAACCUUUAUUUGGCAAUCAUUAUUGGUUUCAAAUAGUUGUAAAUCAUUUUACAAUACAUGUCUUAAAUGGUUCAGUGGAAUAUUUGUCUUCUUUUAGUAAACUUCUCCAUAAUUGCUGGUUGCCAAGCUAAAAACUGCAGAGUAAUUCUUCCACACGUCCGGGAUGAAACCAGAAAAGCCAUGAUUCAUGUUUAUUCAGUUUAUCAGAACAUUAAGGCUAACCCAUUGCAAAAGAUACCCUUUACAUGCUUUACCUUACCAUAUGUCACUGCACAAUGUUUGGCAGCAGUGCCAGAUUUACGUAUAAGCUAAACAAGCUAUAGCUUAGGGCCCCACUGUCUUAGGGGCCCCCCAAAAAAUUAAAGGAAAAAACACCUGGAUGUACAUUUCCAAAAUAUAAGAUUACAAAACAAAUAAAGUAAAACCUACAUACAGCAACAGUGUUUUGUGUUGUAUAGGCUCCUAUUUGUUAUGUGCAAAUGGCUUUAGAUACCUAUUAGGUCCAUAAAUUACCAUAUAGCAUAAACUCAACACAAAAAACAGCGACAAUUUGUUGUUGACAAAGGACUGCUGGACAUAAAAAGGGUUCUGUUACCUUCAGUAGCUUAGGGCCUCAUCAAACCUAAAUCUGGCCCUGUUUGGCAGUGUGGUGCAGUGGUUAGGUUGUUUGAGUAAAACCUGGGAGGCCAGGAUUCAAACCCACAGUCGGCCAUAAAGCUAGGUCACAUACCCUCAGCCUAAUGUACCUCAUGGGGUUGUUGUGAUAAUAAAAUCCAAAGGAGGAAGAACCAUGUACAGUCAUACCUUGGGUUACGAAUGCUGUGGGUUGCGUGUAUUCGGGUUGCGGACCGCAACGAACCCGGAAGUACCGGAACGGGCUACUUCCGGGUUUUGGAGCUCGCGCAUGCGCAGAAGCGCAAAAUGAUGUCAUGCGCAGAUGAACCGAAUCACGUCAUGCGUGUGCGCAGACACAGCACUUCAGACUGCGAACGCUGUGGGUUGUGAAUGUGCCCCCCCCCCCACAGAUCACAUUCGCAACCCAAGGUAUGACUGUAUAACCCCUUUUAGCCCCUUGGAAGAAAAGUGGAAUAUAAAAGUGGGAAAAGACAUUUAAACAUUUCACAAGUGUGGGAAAGCGGUGCUUCAGUGCAAAAAUGUUAAAAGUACUAUAAGGCAGCCAUUUUUUAAAAUAAACAACAACAAGCAACUUUACUGAAGUUUGAUUCAACAAGAGGUAGAUAUCCAUCCUAAGCUUCAGAAAGAUACGAUGAAUUAUCUUUGAUGUACAAUGAACAGAAAUGCCGUACUUUGAGGCACUAUAUUCUUAAAGUAGUGUAAUUGUCAGAAUCCUAACCAAAUUUUGAUUUUCUUGGGUUUCAUAAGUGUCUCUUCUCUGUCUCCCAGCAGGUUUCCCACCUACUACAUCUUGCAACCUUAACCCCUUUUUUGAUGAAUUAUUUUUAUUACAGUCAUACCUCGGGUUGAAGUAGCUUCAGGUUAAACAUUUUCGGGUUGCGCUCCGCAGCGACCCAGAAGUAACAAAGCGUGUUACUUCCGGGUUUCGCCACAUGCGCAGACGCUCAAAAUGACAUCAUGUGUGGAAGCAGCGAUGCGUGGACGCAGGUUGCGUUCACUUCAGGAUGCGAACGGGGCUCUGAAGCAGAUCCUGUUCGCAUCCAGAGGUACCACUGUAGUUCCAUAAAUGCAAAAUUCAGUAUAAUAUUAAAACACACACACAAAUACAGCAUUUCAGAGGUUUCAGGUGCACCAUUAUUUAAAGGUUCUGAUAAUUUCACCAGUACUUCUACUUCCAGCUCACAUUUUAACUUAAUAGUACAUUAUACAUUUAUGACAGACGAGCUAUGACAAAUCUGAAAUGCUGUAUAAAUGUUAAGCGGCAUGAGGCUUACCACUUCGUUUCACCAGUAAUCUCUUAAUUAUAUUUGUUUGUACAGUAUUUCUGUUUUGCUCUCACCCGUCAGGGUGGAGUACAGCAACGUAAAAACCUUUAAAUGCAGAUUUUCUUGAGUAGCCAUUCAUUUAUCUCCAGAACAUGCACAAUGCAUCUCCAAUAAGGCUGUUUGUAAAGGAUUACUGAGUAUGUACUGUGAACUGCAUCGAACAUGCUGGGGCAUGAUGCACCCACCAGAAGUCCCGGUUCAUUUAAGCAUGGGCUCUUGUGAUUCAGCAGAACUGGUUGCUACGGAAAGGCGGCUUUGCGUGGUUCUUCCAUGUUGAAACCUGUUGUGGUUGUGUCACAGUGAACACACAUAAGUAAAGCAUAAUCUGCACAUGGGACAUGAGCGGGUGGUCAGUCUGCUGUCACAAACAUCCCUGUUUACUGUCUAUGUGGAAAGAAAUGCCUAUGAGGUCAUGUCUUCCUCUUCUCUUGCACAGAGGAAGCUGCCUCUAGAAAUGUGGAAAUGUUCACUUGUAGGAUAUGGAUGUGAUUUGUUUUAAACUAUAAUCUCUACUUCAUCAAGAAAAGUUCAUGCAGUAGACCCUGGACCUCUUGAGAAGUGUAGAUCCUGUAUAGAAUAGUCAUGAAUAUGUCCACAGUCUGUCCGUUUCUAUAAAGCUUGGACCCUAAGAGGCUUGGCUCUGUAGCCCAGCCUUCCUCAACCUCGGCCCUCCAGAUGUUUUGAGACUACAAUUCCCAUCAUCCCUGACCACUGGUCUUGCCAGCUAGGGAUCAUGGGAGUUGUAGGCCAAAAGCAUCUGGAGGGCCGAGGCUGAGGAAGCCUGAUAUAGCUUCUAAAAAAGGUAAAGGUAUCGCUGACUGUUAGGUCCAGUCGCGGACGACUCUGGGGUUGCACGCUCAUCUCGCUUUACAAGCCGAGGGAGACAGCUUCCGGGUCAUGUGGCCAGCAUGACUAAGCCACUGCUGGCGAACCAGAGCAGCGCACGAAAACACUGAUUACCUUCCUGCCAGAGCGGUACCUAUUUAUCUACUUGCACUUUGACGUGCUUUCGAACUGCUGGGUGAGAAGGAGCUGGGACCGAACAAUGGGAGCUCACAACGGGAUUCGAACUGCCCACCUUCCGAUCGGCAAGCCCUAGGCUCAGUGGUUUAGACCACAGCGCCACCUGUGUCCCUGCUGUAGCCUCUAGCCUUAGAUGGGAGAUAGUGGGAGAUUCUGUGAGGUGCAUGUAUUCAGGAAGUAGAUUUGCUUGUCGCAGUCCCCACCCCCAAGUAUGAACUGGUAAUUAUGGAUUUCACAGGAAUGCUUCGAUCAAGACAGUGAAUUGUUUCCAUGCCUGUACUAUAACAAUAGCCUGUGGUCCAGUGCAAAAUAGACUACCAUCUCUGGCCACAUCAGGACAUAGCAUGUGAACCAGCCAAAGGUGUUAAUGGUAUCUCCAAAUUGUUCAAGGAGCACCCCCAGGCAUGUUAACCCAGGGAAUACAACCACUUCCAAAACAGGAUGAAACACCCAGCAACAGCAUCUCUGUUUUAGCGGGAUUAAGCCUCAGUGUGUAGGCUCUCAUCCAGUCUAUUAGCGUGCUUCAGCUCCCAUUUGUCACUACCACUUACCUAAAUUAGAUGAGAAAUAGAAAUGAAGUUGAUGUCCACAUAUUUAUUGCAUCUCAAUCAAUUCCAUAUAUACAGUAUAUGUCAAAAAGCAUAGGUAGCAAGAUUAAACCCUGCCCCGUACUAAGGAAUGGGAGAGUUGUCCUGUAGCACCGGUCAUCAGAAGGCAACUACCAUAAAAGCGGUGCCUUUAAAUCCCAAUGAUCAAAAUCUAGAAGGGUACUAUGAUCAGUGGUAUGGAAAGCCCUGAAAGGUCUAGGACAGGCAUGUCCAAAGUUUGUUUCAGGGGGCCUAAUUUGGCCCAUUGGUCAGUUUAAUCCAGCCCCUGUGGCAGUUUAUUUCUGGGGGUAAUGGGGUAAAAUAAAAAUACUAAAAAAAAACCUCAACAACUUUGGGGUAAAAUCAUAAAAAAGCUCAAGAACUUCAAUCCUAAAGGUUGGCCCUUUGGUCGGCCCUCACAGCCCUUCACUUCAUCAAAUCUGGCCCUCUUUGAGAAAAGUUUGGACACCACUGGUCUAGGAGAACCAACACGCUCCUACUCCCCAUCUCUCUUCUGGCAUGGGUACUACCACAGGAUGAUCAGGGCAGUUUCUGUACAAAAACUAGGUCUAAAACCCAACUGAAAUGGAUUGAGAAACUAAGUCUCCUCCAAGCUGGGUGUGGGAAAUUGAAAUUUAUCAAUUACGAAAGUGCUUGCAGAUCAGCAAAGUUGUUUAUAUGCCAUAUAUUUACACGGUUUAAUACAAAAUGUGAUAAAAAUAUAUUGUCCUUAUUUUCGCCAAAUUAUGUGUACAACACAAUCCUGUGCAAGUUUUCCAAACACCAAGUGAAGUUAUGUCCAAGGUUAGAACUUGCAUGGAAAACUGCAUGCCUAACAUGUCUCUGAUGAAAACAGGGACAUUUUUUCUAUAUUUGUCUGAAUAGGGGCAUUUAUGCCAAAGAUUGUUGCCUGAGCAACAUCCCGCCUCCACGAGGCCCCAAAGUGAUUCUCAGACUUCUGUUUGCAUUUUGCAGUGGCCUAUCCUGCAAGUGUUUAUUCUCUGGAUUAAAUUACACGUUAGAGGAAAUCUUCCCCGAUGCCUUAGUGUCCAUGUUUGUUCAGCAGAGACAAGGGAUGUCCCGGUUAAGCCUGAAGGGUGAUUCUGUCUAGAAAAAGGCUCCCUUUUACAUAUUGGAAAGGCAAAUAGGUGUCAGUGAAAUUCAUCAAACAUCAUUUAGCUGUAAAAGUUGCUUAGUGGUGCAUACACAGAAAGAAUAUUACCCAAGUUUCUGGAAAUUGCCUAAUUAACCUCUAGCAAUGUUUGGCUAUUUAGGGCAAAAUUACACGAGGAGACUAAUCUGGAGCUGAGUUUUUGUUGCUAAGGGAAAAUACCACUUGCCCUAUUUAAGUGCAGUGCUAGGGUCUUGGUAGCUGUUGCGUAACUCUUCUUAUGCCCCCCCCCACUUCAUUUAAGGGAUGUAUUGAGCUAUAUUGACAUUUGCACUCAGAUCCCUCUCUGUGAUUAUUUUGCCCUCGUUUCUCUUUCUCAGCUUUAACUGGAAGCUGGUAAUUGCCUUUUACUUAGGACCUUAACCACUGGCUAUGGAGGAAUCUUCCCUGCUCUAGGAUUUGAAAAAUAUACAUUUUUGGGCAGCACAGGUCUGAAAUAUAUAGUUCAAAAAGCUCUAGGUGCCAUCACCAUCUAUUUAUUUUAUAGGUAUAUGCCAAAAUGGCUCCUAAAUAGUUUACAACUAUGAAAUCAAUACACAAUCAUCAAAUUACUGUGUGCCCGGAUAUCCUAGCAUAACUCUAAUCCAGUCCCAGCCCAUUCCUAGGAAUUCUGUGGCACCACGUGGUUUUUCUCUCCUUUGUGACUGAAAAGGUUAUUUCCACCCUCUGCAACCAUAAAUUGCACCAUCUAUCCUUUGUGAGGCAUGGCCAGCUUUUCUCAUACUGUGCCAGAAACCAAUUCUUCCCCUGCUUAGACUUGCACUGUGGGUGCAAGUUAAGGCUUGGGGUGGCAGGCAGAUCUGCUGGAUGAUAUCUGCAGAGUCGUGUGGAGGGUUUUCAUGCACCAUCUAUUCUUACAUGCCAUCUCUGUUCUGCCUCUUAGGAAUAUUCUUGGGGUGCCUUGUUUGUUCUGUUGUGCACAGUUUUGCCAUCCUGAGGUUGCAGCCCCUUUCCUCGCACUGAGAGUUAACUUUCUUUCCCAGGAGUGGAUAACUUUUGUCUAAAGUGCACAUGGAGUGCCAAAAUGCAUUCAGCCUUCCAUUUCACAUGUGUGCAGUAGCCAUGUUGAACUGGAAGUGUGAUUCUGUAUUGAAGGACAAUUACGUAUGUUUGUUCUUUGGGUUACUUUGUCAUGCUAAAUCACAAGAGCUAGAAAUUUGCUAAGUUGAUACUCAUCCUGGCUGCUGAGCCAGCUUGGCUUUGCAAAGAAAGGAAGAAAAGCAAGGGCUAAGCUACUCCACUCUGGCUCCCCUCUUAUGGCUCUCCUGUGUAGACAGAUGCACAAAGUGCGCUGCAGAAGAAGUUCAGAUGAUAUCUUCUGAUUCUUGUCUCAUCUAAGACCUUAGGCUCCACAACACUGCACCCCUUUUUCUCUCUCCUCUCCUACUGCCACCUUCGGUUUUACUGUUUGUAGCCAAUGGACAUUAAAAAGUAACUUCAAUAGCAAACAAGGCAGCCCACAGUUCUUCAGAAAUGCAGUAAUUCUACGUGAUAUAUCACUGUCUACACCAGGUUAGUUGUAGCCAGAAGCAGUAGGAGAAAUGUGUGCUUCAGGAGAGAGGGUGUUGUCUACAGGGAAGAUGUUAUCCUGCUUUCCUAAUUGCCAAGUUGUGGUUAAACACACCAGGAACCUUACCCGCCCCACCAAGAUAGCUGUGGAUCGCUUCUUAAGAAGUGUUUAUAAUACAAUAAAGUGUUAGAAAAUUAGGUCGUUUUGGUAGAUAUGAUAUAAAGGAUUAAGCAAAAAUGAGUUGAUGAAAUUGAUGAAAUAGAGGAUGUUUAACUACAUUAUUUUAAAUUAAAAUACGCAAAUGAAAAUAAGGUUAGAAGGAUUUGCUGGAAAUACGAUCUGAACUAGAAUACAAAAUUGGGAGGUGAGAGGAGGUCAUGGAAAUAAGUAAAGGGAAAAGGUUAUGUAAAGGUUUAAUCUGUUUUUGUUCUAUUUUAACUCAAUGCAUUUUUAUAUUUUUUGUUUCAUCUUCUUUUUUAUUCUUUUUUAUUGUUCACUUUUUUCUUGUUAUUUUUCGCUUUGUUAUGGUUAAAUUUUUCUUUGUAUUUUGUAUUGUUUUUUUCCUUUUUUUGUAAUUUUAAACUUGGAAUAAAUAUCAUUUAAAAAUAUAUAUAUAAUACAAUAAAGUGUUGUCAAUGAAAACUUCAUGCCACAGCACCCUGACCUGGUUCAGAUGUCACACUGGGGCAUGUGAAAGCUGCUUCACACUUUCCUUAUACUAGAGCAUUUGUUUUGAACUAAGUUUGUGCUGAAUUUGAAUGAAAUGGCAUUCAUUCAGUGGUUACAAAUGGAAGCAGAUGAUUCCAGUUUGCAAAUGGAAGCAGAUGAUUCCACUUUCCUCCUCCUUGUGGCCCUGUGCCCAGAUGAUUGGGUAGCUCUCAGGAACCUGAGGAUGUUAGACUGGAAUGUGGCCAUUGAGCUACUUGAUACCUUGCAGCAUCUCUUUGUGUUGGUCUGAUAGAACCAUCCAUUUAUCCUAGCAACUGUGAGGGAGAGGGGAGCUAUGUACUCCCAAACAACCAGAAGAGGGAAGGAAAAAUUUGUUUGUUACACUGGCAAUGUUUGAAACGUCUCUCGAUGUAACUGCUGAGAUCUCCUUUAAGAGAUGCUAAUCACCACCUCCAUAUCAGGACGUUGGUACAUUUUUGAUGCCCUUCUUUUUAUGAAGGCUGACAAGUGCAGAGGAUGCAUGUGAGACUUUAAAUAUGAGAAACUGGUUUAUAUAGCACUGUUCACAGCGGAUACUUGUGUAAGAAUAUUGCAGUGACUCUUCAGCGUUCAGUGAGAUCCACAACAGCAGAGGUUACAUUUUCUGAGAAUCCUCCGGAAAAACAAUCUCUCAAAGGACCUGUUGAUGGCAUUCUACCAUUGCACUGUGGAGAGCGUACUAACUUAUGGUCUGUGCGUGUGGUUUGGGAGCUGCACGGCCAGGGAAAAAACAAUGCUAUCCAGGGUUGUAAAGACUGCAGAGAGAAUAAUUGGGUGCACUCUUCCCACCUUGGAUCAAAUCUAUGCUGCUAGGAGCCAUAAGAAAGCGGAAGAUAGCGCAGGAUAGUGCGCACCCCGGAAACGAUCUCUUUCAACUUCUGCCUUCUGGAAGAAGGUAUAGGGUUAUAAAGGCCAGGACUAGCCGCCUGAGAAACAGUUUCUACGUAAAUGCAAUUCUGGUUCUAAACGCAACAUAAGGGGUCUCUGUAGUAUAGUGUAUUUUAAAAUGGGGUUUUAGAGUUUUUAGGGGUUUUUGAAUGUUUUAUGUAGUUUUGUAGUAGUUUUAUGUAGUUUUAUGUAGUUUUGUGGUAGUUUUAUGUAGUUUUAAUGUAGUUUUAUGUAGUUUUUCAAUUUCAUUGUUCUGCAAGGGACAAUGACAAUAAAGAUAUCGUAAUCGUAAUCAGAGGUGUUUUCAAGCUACAAAAGAAACCUUGACAGAAUUAAAGGAUUGGCUCUGUUUGUGUGUUGUGUUGCUUUUGUUAGACCUGCCUCACAGGCUGCUGGCUAUUCAACCACUGCAUUCUCUGGGUCAGCUCACACAUGGAACCGUAACAUGUGAUAUUUCACCACGUAAUGAUAAAGCGCUGGAUAACUCUCAUCCAAAAUGUUACAUUACUGUUUAUUUAUAAGAUGUGGCCCAAAAAGGGGGAGAGCCCCCCAAGGCUGUGCACAAAAAAGAAUACAAAAUAAAAAAUAUAUAAAAUUAAGGUAACAAAAUCUUAAACAUUUCAGAAAUAUUUAAAACCCAAUGCAGCCAUGUUCCUCCAAAAAAAAGGCGAAGUGCGGUCCCUCACAACAAAUGCUGGAGAGAGCAAGAAUAAAUACUUAGGUGGCAGCUGCUCCUUAGAAAGGUCUGAGGCAAGGGGUGACAUGAGGCAGGUGGAAAAGGUUUGCCCUUGAUGUUCCAUCAGUCUCUCCCCUCUAGCAAUAUCUUAAGUUCAACUUAAGACUUACGCCAUCCGUUCCAGUUGGCAGUGGUUCACCAAAAUCUCUUUUUUUAAAAAAAUAAUAUUUAUUAAAGUUUCAAAAGAAGAAAAAUCACAUUAAAAAGAAAAAAAUUAACAAUAAUAAGGAAAAAUACAAAGUAGAAAAAACAAAAAACAGUUAAAAACAAUUCCAUCUUUUCUUCACUUCUUUUACGUUUACUUGUUUCCCGGACCUCCUCAUACCUCCCUCUUUUGUAUUCCAAUUCAAUUUGUUAAUCCAACACUUUCUUUCCCUCCUUUUUAGUCCUAAUCUUUAAUCUUGAUAUUAUAACAUUAAAUUUUUACAUAUUAAAAACCAAUUUUUCCAUGUUCUUUUGUACCAUUACAGCUAGAAACCACUUAACUUCAAUCCAACAUCAUUCUAACAUUCAUUAAUUUUGCAAUAUUUCUGUAAAUAGUCUUUAAAUUUCUUCCAAUCUUCUUCCACCGACUCUUCCCCCUGGUCUCGGAUUCUGCCAGUCAAAAUCUCAGGCACAGGCCUUUCCCAGCCCUGCUACUGAUAUCCCUCUUGAACUGGUAAUGCCAGGGAUUGAGUCAAUGUUAGAAACUUAGAUAAAUAAGCUAGAUGUCAAAUGGCUCCUUAAAUCAGGGUUGCCACUGCCAUUAGAGGGGCAGAUGGCUUGCAAGUCAUAUUAGAAAAACAAUUUACUCAUUUUUCAGAACCAAAUCAAUCAGCUGCAAGAGUAGACUAUGUUUGGACAUCCAGCGAAUUAGUACCUAGAGUCAUAAAAAUUGAAAUUCAACCAAAGAUACUUUUGUAUCAUAAUGCAAUUAAAUGCAAGAUAAAAGAAAUAGACGAAAGUCAUAUUUUUCAAUACAGUGGUACCACAUCUAGCGUCCGCCUCGUCAAGCGCCCGUUCCGUCGAACGUCCGCUGCAAACCUGGAAUAACCGGAACGGGUUACUUCCGGGUUCGCCGUUCGCGCAUGCGCAGAAGCACUAAAUCACACAUGUGCAGAAGCGCAAACUUCUCUGUGUGCGCGCGCAGACACGGCCCUUUGUCCAACAUCCUUUUCGGCCAGCGACUGGGGCUCUGGAAGGGAUCCCGGUCGCAAAACGAGGUACUACUGUACGACUUUUUGGUUCCUGAAAUAUUCUGAUUGUGCAGAUAAAAUAUAACAGAAUUCUACAGGAUGUGUUGCUAGCGUGUGAAAACAGUUGAGAUUAAAGGAUCCCCAGGCUUGCAUCUUGAGAUGGUGUCAGGCACCAUCCUGAGGCCCGGCAACUUCACUUGGUAGCCAGGAGCAAAAUGCGCCUGACAAAUUUCAAACACUGGCUUGAACCUGACACCUUCUCUGUACACUAGGGUACAGCCUUCCUUUCAUUGUACAGUGGUUCCUUGGUUUGCAUACGUUUUGGAUUACAAACACGUCAAACCCGGAAGUGCAUGUCCUGGUUUGCAACCUUUUUUUGGGUUACACCCCCCUUUUUUUUUUUGGAUUACGAACAAAUUUUUUUGGGAGGUCCCAUUGGCGAAAGCGCGUCUUGGGUUACAACCUGUUUUGGUUUACAAAUGAACUUCCGGAACAGAUUAUGAUUGUAAAGCAAGGUGCCACUGUACAGGUUUUUCUAGGGUGAACUGCCUCCGUUGGGAAAAGACUAGCGUUUGAGGAGAUAUCAAAUGUUACAUUUUCACCUUCUUGAUGGAUUUGUGAUGCUUCCUUUCUCGUCUAGCAAGCCAUUGCAAAGGGAAGGGCUGUGGCUCAGGUAUAAAUCUGCUUUACAUGUAGCAGGUCACUGUUAUGGAAGUGUCAGGAUUCAAGCCCCCAACCCAGGAUGUUUGCAGUGCCUGAUGGAACUCCAGAAACCGUUGUCAGUAAAAUGACACAUUUGUGAGAACUUUGCAGUGCUUCCCAACUUGCUCUCACCAUGUGAAUGAGGCAAAUGGGACACCCAGCAGCUAAAACACACUCCUAUUUCUACUAAGCGUGACAUAACCCAAAGAGAUACACAUGGGAAUAGUAGGAAUUUUCCACUCACAAAACAAGAUCUUCUGCUCUUCCUCCCUCUUGUUUGUGUGUUUGCCCCUAGGAGAUAAUCACGUCUUGAGAUAAACUACCAGAGCCUACGUGGUCUGGUGAAGGAUGCCUGUUGCUUUCAGUUUAUGCAGACCUUACAUUCCACCCAGCCCAGAGUUGCAGGACCCACCAUUUCUCAUAAACACAUUUCUCUUUCUUUCACUUUCAAUUGCUUUGUACUUCUAGAUGUGUCAAUGGUCUCUUGCAGAAAGUAGUUCCCUGUGUUCCUAAAUUUGGAGGUGUUAUGAGAAAAAACUGCUCCUUUUCCCUUCUGGGGUACCCAAGAGCCCAUAUAGAGGUCCUUUUGUAGGUUCUCUAUUGGUAGGAUAAAAUAACAGAGGCCAACCAGAGAAUAUUGAGAAGCAAAGCCUGAUCUUUAUUAAAGCUAUUGCUACAGGGUACUCCCCACAUACACACACAGGAGGGGGGGAGAGACAAGCCCUUAUAUAGACUUUGAAAUUGCCCACCCUGUAGCUCAAGACCACCACCCCAGAUACAUCAUACCUACAGCACAGAAGGGGUGUAGCCCAAGACAUCCCCCUUAAUACAUCAGAGAAGGGGCGGACUACAACAGAAAUCUGAGUGCUUUGUUUUUAUCCUGUCUGCUAGGUUACCUGAUUGGAUUACCUGGGCAUCCUGGCCACUCUUUUGUUAUGAUAACUACUCAACUCCUGAAUCCAGGUCACAGGCUCAGCCUAUUCAUAUCUUAAAUGUGCCCUUGAGACAGGAUUUGUGAGCAAAGAGACAAUGGGGAGGCAGAGAAAUAUUUGAGGUCAAUUUGGAAGAGAGAAAAUGGUUUCAGGAUUUUUCUGUGGGUUUCAGACAUGUGGUUUACAUAUUUGUAUGUUGAAAUAUAUAAAAGAAUAAAUUGUCCAGUAGCACCUUAGAGACCAACUAAGUUUGUUCUUGGUAUAAGCUUACGUGUGCAUGCACACUUCUUCAGAUAUACCACAUAUUUGUAUGUGUUUGCUUGGUACAUUUAUGAACAUCUAUUUUAUAUAUCUAAGACUUUAAAAUGGAUUAACACACAUUUGCAAAUUGAUUUUUUUUUAAUAAAAAAAAUAAAUUUCUGAAAUGUUGCAAGGACACAUUAUUGUAAAUUCUUCUCUUAAAACCAUUUAUGCAGUGGUUUAAUGGUCUUCUCCUGGGAACGCCUUGUACCCAAGAAUAAUUGUGCUUUCAGAAAUGAAACAGUGUGUCCUUGAAUUGGAUCUUCCGUGAACAGGCACUGGUGCUUCCAUACCCUAGAUGGGUCUGCGGGUUUCAAACUGCCAUCUGGAAAACUUAAGGGCUUUCUCAAUGACAAGAUUAGUGACAAGCUUCCUUCAAAAAGAAGGAAUUCUACCAAUCUUCUGCAAUGUACAUUGUGCUGGCUGUGCGUUCUAGAGCGCAUUUGCAGAUCACAGUGUGGCAAUGAGGCCCAACCAGCUCAGCCAGACAUUCCACAACAGCAGAAUGCGCAUCUUCGAAAGCUCACCUUAGAAAGCUGUAAAGUGCUGGCAUUCUUUCGUAGAAUCCCAGUUUGGGAGAAAUGAAUAUUAAAACAUUUAGUAGUAGUAGUUGAGUUAUUGUUGUUUAUUGUUAUUAUUAAUAUAAUGAAUGGCAGUCUUGUGUCCAGAAUUUAAUAAUCUCCUUCAUAACACAAAUUGUACAACUUUGCAGUGAAUUAGGAAAGCUUGAGGACACUCUUAAGAAACCAGUAACUUUUCAGAGUUUGGGAUGGGGAGAGGCAAAAGAUACGUGAGCAGCUCCCCUUCAAGCUUUUUCUCUUCUCUCUUCUUCGUCUCCAACCCUCUUUUUUAAAAGAGAACCAUCCCGGGAUCCUGUAUUUGCCACCCAAGAUUUCUAGAAUUCCUGUUCUGCCAUAAUGACCAAGUACUGGUGCUUGCAGCAAAUGAUCAUGGCCUGUUGGAGAGUUUCCAAGGGCAUUUGGUUGGCAGCUCUUGAAAACAGUAGAUGGUAGUAGAUGGGCCUCUCUUGUUCUGAAUCAGAACAGGCAAUUCUUACAUCUUUUAUCUGUUACCCCAGCAGAAUUCUACUUAACAUUCUUACUGUUAGGGAAAAAUCUAGGUGUGAGGCUGCUCAGUCACCCAGCUUGUCAGGCAGAGCCCGCGGGUCCCUGCGGAAUAAAGGAAGGAGUCCAGCCAACCGGAGCAAAUAGCUGUAGACCAAAGCUUAUUGCGCAAUAGGUUCAAAAGCAAAUUUGAACCCCGAGGAUGGGGUGACAAAGACUUUUAAAACUUUCCCACCACAUCCCAGAAUACAGUUCGAAGGGGAGGGGUUAACCUUGGCAAACAUGUCCAGACAAGUCCUUGGUACAAGAUUAGCAUAAGCAGACAUGGCAGAGCAAGACUCAGGUAUAAGAUUAGCAUAGACAAAUAUGUCUUAAGUACCCACCACCCAAAAGUACAAUAGAAGUUCCUUUGCAUGUCUGGAGCCUGAGGCGAGUCAGGUGAUGAGAUUUGGCUUCCUUUGGCUAACAAUGAGCCCAGCAAUUGUCAACUCUGGGAACUUCCUGGAGUCCUUUUGCAAGGGGAAAAAAGCUUUGGAAUGGGGGGAACUGGGAAAGGAGAUGAUUUUAUAUUAUUUUUUAAAGCUAGGUGACUUCCCUGAGCUGUCAAGUUGGAAUGAUAUAUUCAGGCAUAAUAUUUGUAAUAUUUAACUUUAAAGAUGUGCCCCCCCCGUCCCCCCUGUAAUUUCCGUAACAUUACAAACUCUUGUUUCUACAUAAACUACAUGUUUAUUGCGAAAGGUGUAAACGUAUUGGCAUGCUCAAGGAUCAAUAUGAUUUGGCAGAUGGUUUCAGCCAUUUAAACAAAAAUGCAGUUUCACUCUUCGCUGCUUUUGUGAAACCUGUGGGCACAGGACUAUAUUAAUUGGUGACACAUGUGUUUUCACCCCAAGUGCUCUCCAAACUCCCCAGGCAACACUGUAGCCACGACAAGCAAUCUUUCUGGUAACCCCUUUUCAUGAUAUCAGCUUCCAAAGGACCACAAGUUUAAAAACCAAUUAGUCUAAUGCAUAUGGGUAUUUAAAAAGUCAAUAAUAUCUGAGGACUGUCCAAAAUUGACUUGUUAUACACCUAAAAUGGUAAAAAUGCAUAAUUAAAAUAUUCUCUUUUUUUGUCCCCUAUCCCUUUCUCCAUAGCUUGCAGGAACGGCAGUCCUUGCAAUUGGACUAUGGCUUCGAUUUGAUAAACAGACAAAAGAUAUUUUUGAUCAGGAGGAGAAUAACAAUACAUUCUAUACAGGUAUGUUGUAAAAUUAUUGCUCAAUGGUAUGAACAGUACACCUAAUACCUACACUGCUUUUAAAAGUAUUAACAGUGACUAAGGAAACCAAUGAUAAGAUGUGUAAAUAUGCUUGAUAUGGAAUGACCUGUUCACAUAGAUACCAAAAUUAUUAGGGUGUUUCCUUGCCCUUGGCAAAGUGAAAAUUUUUUAUAUGUGCCAUCUCAGAUUCCUUGGUCUCUAAAAAUGUGCAAAAAUAUAUCUCCCAGCUGGAAACGGGGGUCUAGUGUGCACCCUAAAAAAGGAUAUGGCACUUCUAAUCUAGCUGGAAAUCUGAAAUUGUGUAGAUAUGCCACCACUUGGCAGAAAAUUGGAUACUUUGAUAUCUCAUCAUCACCGCUAAAGGAUACACAUUAAGAGAUUCUAGCACAAAGCAAGCCAAGCCACUCUUGGGAAAGACCUUUAAUAUUAAUAUAGUAAAAUAAUUAUUAUAUUUUGUACUGUUUUUAUCUUUAGUUUUUCCCAGUAAAGCAGCCUUAGAAUACUUUGGGGCGGGGGUGAUCCCAGGCAUGGAAUCCUGGUCUUAGAUUGCUAUGCAGUGCUAUGCCUUGAAGAAAGGGAAAGUGCUGUCCUUCCUUUCUUUCGAUAGUCCCUCUGUAGGAAAAUUGGAUUUGUGGACAAAGAAGUCUGUGGGAUUUUCUCCCUUGCUUCCUCCCCCCACCCCCAAAGUACCAACCAGUGUCGGUUUUUUCUUAGCUAAUCCCCAGACCACUGACACACUGGCAAAGAUAUUCAUGGUUAUAUAUUCCAUCAAAACCCCAUGAAGGUGUUACUGGUUUCCUAGUCCUUGUCUGGCAGAAGUUUCGAUAUGCUGGGUAACUGCUGCUGCUUCUUCUUCUUCCCCAUGUACAGUGGUGCCUCGCAAGACGAAAUUAAUUCGUUCUGCGAGUUUUUUCGUCUUGCGAAUUUUUCGUCUUGUGAAGCACGGUUUCCCAAAGUCUCCAAAAUCACCAGAGUCUUCAAAAACCUCAAAAAAGGCUACCACACCGCGUGCUAUGAGUUGCUCCUCGAAGUCACCCUGGGUAUUAACGGUUUUAAGAAAAAGGAAACAAACUUGCAAGACGUUUUCGUUUUUCGUCUUGCGAAGCAAGCCCAUAGGGAAAUUCGUCUUGUGAAGCAACUCAAAAAAUGAAAAACUCUUUCGUCUUGCAAGUUUUUCGUCUUGCGAGGCAUUUGUCUUGUGAGGUACCACUGUACAUGUCAUCAGCUAAACCUCUUGUGUUUUGGAAUUGCAAUCAGCCUGGAUUUUAUGCCAUGCUCCCUAGACUUGGAUGGCAUGCUCUUCCUUAUAGGUCAUCUUUGACUUGCACUAAUGGCUCGCCAGUUGUAACUUUCUCAUAUGGCCUCAAGCAUUGUGGGAAGAUGUUGGAAAGCCUACCCCACCGGUCAUGCACGAGGGGAAAGGUCGUCUCUCACACUGAUAGUUCAGUGCUGAAGCCGAUAAUAAAAUUGGAGGAUUUUAUGGAUUCCUUAGGACAGAGGUACGGACAGAGGUACCGUGACUCAGAAGUGUUGAGGGCAGCCCUCCACAACAUAUAUUGCAAAUAUCUUUCUUUAUGGGUAAACUGGUCAUCUAAAGGCCAUUGGCUGAGAAUGGCCACUUUGUCUGGCCGACUACAGGAGUUGAAGGUGCUGGCUGCUUGCAGACAUUUGCAGAUGCAAUUGGGGUCUUGAUGAGUCCAGAAGCUGGAUUAUUAAGGUUUGCACAACUGAUAAAUAACCUUUGAUGGGUCAUGAGGGAGUCUCUAGUCAGGAGGGAAAUACUCUUAAAAAGGACUGUUGUAAACCUUUUCUGGUGAUAAGAGAAGUGACUGGUUUCUAUUAUGGGAAUAGACAAAAUAGCCUUCCCCCUGUCCUUUGCACUCACCACCAAAAACCCAUUAUUAUAGAGACUUGUUCUGAAACACGGCUAGUAGUGUUUUCUUUUUAAAGAAGCAACAAUAAUGGUGUUAGUGUAACCAUGUACACAACCUUGAGGUCCUUAGAAGAAAAAGUGGUAUAUAAAUGUAAUACAUAAAUAGUAGUGGCAGUGUAGCUGGCAACCUUCAUGUUGUUCAAACUUGGAAAAUGUGAAGUUUUUUUUUUAGCUGAGAAUAAAUCUUCUCUGUUUUGAUUUUUAAAAUCCAUCUGCCUCCAGGGGUUUACGUUCUAAUUGGAGCUGGUGCCCUCAUAAUGUUGGUUGGUUUCUUGGGAUGCUGUGGAGCGAUACAGGAGUCGCAGUGCAUGCUUGGUUUGGUAAGUAUGGCGUUAGUUUCUACAGUAGGAAGAAGGCUAUACCGCUUUCAUGUCUGCUGAAUUCUUUCUGGAUCCUGUUUUCAAAAGGAAGUACUUUCCUUCACAAUGCACAUAAACUCCUCCUAGAAUGCACACUGUGCAAAAGUUGCCAACACAAGUUAGAUUUCAAUGUUUAUGUCACAGAACUGGAUCCUCCUACAUAUGGUGAAACUCAUUCACGUUAGAGCCAGGGGUAGGCAACCUAAGGCCCGUGGGCUGGAUGCGGCCCAAUCGCCUUCGAAAUCUGGCCCGUGGACAGUCUGGGAAUCAGCGUGUUUUUACAUGAGUAGAAUGUGUCCUUUUAUUUAAAAGGCAUCUCUGGGUUAUUUGUGGGGCAUAGGAAUCGGUUCAUUUCUUUCCCCAAAAUAUAGUCCUGCCCACCACAUGGUCUGAGGGAUGGUGGACCGGCCCACGGCUGAAAAAGGUUGCUGACCCCUGUGUGGUUAGACCAUGGAUACCUUGAGCCCAGUGCUCCCUACUUCAUCCAGUAAAAGUUCUCCAAGAAGACUUUCCUAGUUUUGCUACCUGAGGAUCCCUUUUAAUCAGAGCUGCCGGGGAUUAAAAUCUACUUCCAUGUGGGAAGUCUUGAUAUAAUUUGCCUUUGAACUAUUUCCACUCCCUAAUUCGUCCUCCUUUCUAUGGGCUUCUAUGAUUUAGAACAGCCAUUUAAGGCUUUGGGUGCAGCCCAUGGAAUUUCCCAGUAAGUACCCAUGUGGAGCACAGCUCCAAGUCUGUGAGGCUUGAGGCUUCUCAGUGUUAGGAUAUUUCUGUUCCACCUUAAAAGGGAGCAGGAUGUUUGUGUCACAGCCUGCGUAUUUCCUGUUCACAGGAUGUUUCUGUUGUGUCUAUGCUUUCGUUUUUUCUCUCUGCGCCUGAGACACUGAAGCAGGCAGUCAUGUUUUCUUUGUUCUGAUCAACGCUGAAUAAACUUGUAAAUAAUGCUCUCCUGAGUGCAUCUUUCGCUGUGCAUUAUCUGCUGAUAGAGCGUGCAUCAGCUCUGGAAUGUGGCAAGCUAUUUCUGGAGCUCGUGUCGCUAAUUGCUGAUACUGCGUGUCUACGGGAGAUCGAUGGACAUCCAGAGACGACGUGGAGUCAUGAUGGACUUUGUCUCCCUGGCAGUAUCCCAACACUCAGUGCAUGGCAUUACUUUUUGGAAUUCCCAGAUACGGGAACAGAAGUGACGCCAUUCCGUUGGUCGUUGUACGUAUAUAGUGCAACAAGCAAAGUAGGGUGUGCAGAUGGACACUCGGCUAUAAUUUGAUCACAGAGUUCACAUUCGGUGCUUGGAGAAAUGCAACGCAGUAAACCCGCAAUUUAUUGCACAUUUAACUUGUGCACAUUCAGCUUUAGGUGUGUUGACAUUAAAAAGAAAAAUAGGAGGCAGGGUUUCUGGGGGGUAAUGACUUUGGCAAUCCCACCUGCUUUUGAACCCAAUGUUGUUUUGAUGAUAUGCGAUUUUGGCUUUAGGUGCGAUCCCCAGAGCAGACCCUAUUUUUCUGUGUAUAACAUGCCCCCAUGUAUAAGAUGACCCCUAUUUGGGGGGACUCAAACUGAAGAAAAUGGGGGGAGGUUGCCCAGAGCUGUUAAGCUUUUUUUUUAAGGGGGGAGAUUGCCGAAAAUCACUCACCCGUCAAAGCAGCGCUGCCGCCCACACACAGCAAAAGCCACCUAUCAGCUGUUCCUUCCUCGAUGAAAAACAAAAACGCACACAUUAUUACUGCAGCAAAAGCAAGUAGACACCAGAAUUUGUCAAAGCCAGCAAUGACAUCACAGACCAACAAAUCCCAACUCAACAAAAUGCACUGGCCAUGUAUAAGACACCCACCCCCCAUUUCUUAACGUUAUUUUUUUUGGGGGGGGACCCCGACUAAUACACAGAAAAGUACGGUAACCCCUGCAUAAGUGACAGGCUACCUGUAUUGGGGAAACGUCACUUAGGGUUCACAGAUGUGUUUAGCAGUAACAUGCUCAUUAGGUAAGAGAAGAAAUCUCUGUUUUUGCACUGAGAAUUUUUCAACGGAGUCAAAGCACUUUAUACGCAUUUAUCACAAUAGUCCUAAGCAUGCAUGUGUAAGUCCUGUUGAACAAAGUGGAACUUCUAGCUGCAUAGGAUUGGGCUGCGCAAGUGUGAGCUAGGAAGCCAUUCGUUCCGAUGUCUCCUCCAAUGUCCUUAGUGGUCUUACAUGAACUGCUACACUGAGCCUACUAACCUGCCUUGGAAGGUGACUGUGAUAGGGUAACGGAGAUAAAGUUUACGAAGCACACAGAGCAUUCUAAAGCCCUAUCUAUAGACUUCUUAAGUAUUAUCAUCUCAUGGUUUUAUAAACUAUUGUUCAGCCAUGACCUUACUCAAAAUGUCUCUCGUCUCCUUUGCCUCUAGUUUUUUACCUUCCUUCUUGUGAUUUUUGCCCUUGAAGUAGCUGCUGCCAUCUUGGGAUUUUCAAACAAGGAAAAGGUAAGGCAGACAUAUUUUUAAAGUUGAUUUUAUAUGCCAUCUAGAAUUAUAACAGAAUUAUACAUCCAGAAUUCUGCCUCCAAAUAAUCUGCUCAGGAUUAGCAGAUAGAAACUUGAAGUAGAGUUUUGGGUCACCAGUAUUCUCAGGACUUGGCAGCUGAAAUCUCCAGGUGAUUUUCCCCAGUGGUUUACUAUGGGGGCUGUAGUUGUAGUAAUAGUAGUAGCGUAGUAGUAAUAAUAAAUACGCAGGGGGACAGAAUAGAACUUGAGGCAUCCCAUAAGCAGAAGGCCAUGAGAUACAGCAGCAGUCCACUAGCACCACCAACAGGCUCUGUCCUGGCCAGAAAGGACUGGAACCAAGACAAAGCUGUGUCCCCCAAAUUGAGUCUGACAACCAAUAAUAAACCUGUCAGUCUUUAAGACAGCACAAAGCGUACAUCGUAUUUCCUUAUUCCAAGCAUUCCUUUUUGGUAGAAUAGGGGCUGCCUCCCCACCCCUCGCAUCUGAUUGAUGCGGUACACACCACUUAGACCUAGAUGCAACCACGGUUUUCUGCUUUAACCCCAACUGAGAAUUCAAAGCUACACAAGUACUGUUCACCUAUCGUCCUCCUUUCCUGCCCCUCUGUAGACAUUAAGCCCCUAGAUAUGGCCAAGUUAGAUUUGCGGGGAGGGCAAGGAAUGUUUUGGAGAUUAGCCUGAAGGACUCCAGCAGUCAUGUCGUAGACAGCAUAUUCCUUUUUUUUAAAGAAUAAUUUUUUAUUAGCCGACCAAUCACAUCAAAUCAAACCAAAUUACAUAAAUUCCAAAUUACACAGCCGAAUUUUAAAUUUUUGUUGGGGGUACCCAUAUUUCAAGUUCCGAAGGGGAUCCAAUCAACUUCUUGCUUCUUACUGCUGUUUUAAUGUCCACAAAUCUAACCUUAUGAUGUUCACAGUACUAUCCAGUCCUUUCUUAUUGUCUUUCCACAUCUCUUGUUGUUGUUUUCAUAUAUUUUUCCUUUCUCUUUGUGACCUCUGAUAGUCUCCACAAGCUGGUUAGAACAGUUUGUAAUCCUGUGUGGAUAUUUUUUUUUUUAUCCAGUAGCCAUAUCCAGGCGUUUUCCAUAUAACAUCACUUCCAUACAUCAAAACAGUCUUAGCGUCAUUAAUCUUCACCAAUCUGCCUCCUUUCUCAAAACCUCUGAGGAGAUUCACCAGGAAUGCAGUCUGAAAACAAGUCAUUUCCUCCUCCCGGCUUCUAGGCUAUAAAUCCUUUGGCAAGAUGGCGACUCCGAAUUAAUUGCUGCACCAUUCCAAAAGCUCUUAUUGCUUCUCGAUCUCCAUAAAGCAUACUUUUGGUUAAAGUUUAUCUCCACACAGACCUUAAUCAUCCUGCUUGGGUCAGUUCAAUCGACGAUUCUAAUGAGGAGUGGUUCUUCGUAGACAGCAUAUUCCAGCUUCUCCUUUUUUAAGCAAAAAGAUUAAUGUAACCACUGUCAUCAUUAUUGAGGUGAAUUAUUAUUAUGUUGUUUGUGUUUUUAGAUUGUUAAGGAGGUGCAGGACUUUUACAAAUCAGUAUACGACAAAAGAAGGGAACCUGCCACCAAAGAGACGCUGAGAGCCAUUCAGGCCGCGGUAAGUCAGAUCAGAUCUCAACUAUUUUCUUUGCUUCUGUAACCGGUUCAGAGCACUUAUCCAUGAUGCGACUGUAUUUUCCCCUCCCGGACAAGUGCUACCUAUAGUUGAUGUUAACAUCCUCACCAAUCGUGUUUAAAAGCGACUGUGAUUGAUGCUCAAGUUGCAUCCGUCACAAACACGGUCCGUAGUUGGAGGAGAAUUGAAGUGGGGGAGGGGAGGAGGCGCUUGUGAGUUUGGGGGGUGGGGUGGGGGAGUUUCCAAAUCUCUUAACCAUGCCUAAGAGAUUGAAAAACAUCCCAUCUCCACUGAGCCAGCGAGUGCUAGGAAUGAAAGCCAGGAGUCCCAAUUUGCAACAGCUUAAUCUGGGACGCGGGUAGCACUGUGGUCUAAACCACUGAGCCUCUUGGGCUUGCCGAUCGGAAGGUCGGCAGUUCGAAUCCCCACGACGGGGUGAGCUCCCGUUGCUCGGUCCCUGCUCCUGCCCACCUAGCAGUUCGAAAGCACGUCAAAGUGCAAGUAGAUAAAUAGGUACCACUCCGGCGGGAAGGUAAACGGCGUUUCCGUACGCUGCUCUGGUUUUGCCAGAAGCGGCUUAGUCAUGCUGGCCACAUGACCCGGAAAAACUGUCUGUGAACAAACGUCGGCUCCCUCGGCCAGUAAAGCAAGAUGAGUGCCGCAACGCCAGAGUCGUUCGUGACUGGACUUAACUGCCAGGGGUCCUUGACCUUUAAUGUGAAAGGGGUGCUAUUUGCAUUUUGUUUCUUUGAAUGACCAUCAGUCUGGAUAUGUUGUGUCCCGGUCCAGUGCAAGGCUGCUCAAAGGUUGCUGGACCAUGGAUAGCUCCAAGUGAGCAGCUUGCUCUUGACCAAGUUGGGGAGUAGGCAGGCCUUUCAUGCCUUUAACCCCAGACUUCCUCCUCCAGGGGGACGUGGGUGGCACUGUGGGUUAAACCACAGAGCCUAGGACUUGCUGAUCAGAAGGUCGGCGGUUCAAAUCCCCAUGACAGGGUGAGCUCCCGUUGCUCGGUCCCUGCUCCUGCCAACCUAGCAGUUUGAAAGCAUGUCAAAGUGCAAGUAGAUAAAUAGGUACCGCUCCGGCGGGAAGGUCAACGGCGUUUCCGUGCGCUGCUCUGGUUCGCCAGAAGCGGCUUAGUCAUGCUGGCCACAUGACCCAGAAGCUGUACGCCAGCUCCCUCAGCCAGUAAAGCGAGAUGAGCGCCGCAACCCCAGAGUCGGCCACGACUGGACCUAAUGGUCAGGGGUCCCUUUACCUUUACCUCCUCCAGGCUUCACCCCCUAGAGACUGUUUCAGAACCAUAAAAGGCCAGCCCCUUUGGCCUGAAGACAGGCCCUCCUCCUCCUUUGUUCCACAGCUUCCCCCCUGGUGUGCUCCCAGCACUGCUGGACUGUUGAUGUGUGAUGGCAGGCAUCUGAUUCUUCAAGCUCAGCUGAGGGGCCAGACGCUGGCCGGAUCAGUCCUGGUGCUCUGAGAAGUUCCUCUGGGAAUUCUCACCCAAUUGCCUCAGGCACCCUGGUCUCCCAGUCUUUGUAUUUAGCUGUGAGACAGUUUUCCACCUGCAGCUUCUAGUCUCUUCAUCCAGGUCUCUGCUGGUGGGGUGGGGUGUGUGUUUUCAUUGCACGUUCAUAUUGAUGGCUUGCAUGGAAGUGUGAAUUUACAUGCAGUUGGUCUUUGGCCGAAUCUGGGCAAGAGCAUAACUAUACUGAGUUCUAGAGAAGUUUUACUGCACAGGAGGCUUCCAUGGUUUGUAGGUUUUUCUAAAGGCACGUUUUUGAAUAAUCUCCAAAGGUCUUAUUUUAGCAAAGUCCUUCAAACUGAUAAUUUACCCAGAUCUGUUGACUUGUAUGUUUCAUCCGUAUUUUGAAACACAACUGAAAUGUAACUUUUCUCUCUGCUCUAGCUGAACUGCUGUGGCCUCACAGGGGCUAUUGAGGCAGCAAUUGAAGACACUUGUCCCAAACAGAGCGGUGUCCUCGAAACCAUUCAGCUACAGGUAUGUCGUUGUGCCGCAGAUAGGGACAUGCCUCAUGUUACUAAAUCUCAGCAUAAUGUGGCAAAUUCCAUCUCUUUGGUGCUUGUGUGUAUAAUAUGGUUACCAGAUUUUUUUUUCAAUGAAUCCGGGGACCCUUUUUUUGGGGGGGGGGAAGCUGAAUAGCAACAGGGAGUCAGUAGUGGGGAUGGUGAGGCAAAAGACCCUGGGCCCAAGCACACAUGCAUAUUGCAUAAAGGUGCAAAGCCCUUCUUUCGCACCCUGUGAAACAUAAAUGCGCAAAGUUUUUAAAAAAACUGGGCAACGGCUGGCUGCCCACAAUUCCUGAGCCUCCCCCAUGAGUCAAAACAAAGGGGGAAGGGGGCAGGAGAUCUGUACUACCGGACAUCACUGGUUUCCCUUCAGCAGUGGCAGCCAGCCUGGUAGCACAGUUGGCUCUGGCUGGCUUCAGGAGCUGCUUGCUGCCAUGGCGCCCGCCAUUUGUCCUCACCGGAAGUCCUCAUAUGAUAUGUUUUGCACAACUGCUGAGGCUGCCACUGCCAUGUUUCCCGGGGACAGAUUUGCAAAUCCAGGGACUGUCCCCAGGAACCGGGGACGGCUGGUAACUCUAAUGUAUAGGAGUACACAAGGUGAAGGAUUGGUUUUUCUUCCAGGCAUGCCCUACAGUUAUUGAGGAAGUCUUCACCAAAAAGCUGAAUGUGAUUGGGGCAGUCGGCAUUGGCGUUGGUGUGGUGAUGGUAAGUACCAGCAUUUUCCAUAAGGUUGGCAUAUAGCUGCAUGUUGCAUAAUGCCAAACAUGGCGUUCUGUGUAAGAACAUUACUAUUAUUAUUAUCAUUUUAUUUUUAUUAUUCAUACCCUGCCCAUCCCUGUUUCCCCAGCCACUCUGUGAGGCUCUCAACAGAAUAUUAAAAAUACAAUAAAACAACAAACAUUAAAAACUUCCCUAAACAGGGCUGCCUUCAGAGGUCUUCUAAACGUUAGAUAGUUGUUUAUCUCUUUGACAUCUGAUGGGAGGGCGUUCCACAGGGCGGGUGCCACUACCGAAAAGGCCCUUACGUGUAAAAGCUAUCAACAGGCCCAAUUGCCCAAUGGUGGGAAGCCUGCUGAGAGAAAACCAGCAGUGGCAAACACUGUGAAGCUGAAAGGCUGGUGUGAUCUACUCUCCUGCAAGAUGGGAGGAUUGAGGGCACUUCAGAAAUUGAGCAGUGCUGAACUGCUUUCCAAACCAUCGCUAGCUUUGAACCAUUGCAGUUUUAAACCUAAACCAAAAUUAUUUAAUUCACUGAUCUCCUUCGUGGUAUUCUUCAUGGAGAAACUUUGCCAAUUGUGUUUCUUUUUUUUAGAUCUUCGGUAUGAUUUUCAGCAUGAUCCUUUGCUGUGCUAUUCGUAGAAACCGAGAAAUGGUCUAAAGGAGCCUCAGUCAGAGUGGGCCGUUAGCAGCAUUCAAGGAAUCUCCAGUUAUUCACUUUAGCAUUCUGAAAGUCAUUUCUAAAGUUAUAUAUUUGUUUUAAAAAUGCUUUAUUUAGUACUGAUCUUCGUUUUUAUGCUUUGUUUAUAAAAGUUUAAAAGAAAUCUAAUUUUGAGAAGGUACUAUAUUUGUUAAGCUAAAAUCUAACAACUUGUAUAUAAGGGUUUGUCUUCUUUAUUCAGACUUAACAACUGGGAUGUAACUUACAUUGGAGAAAAUUUGAUACUUAAUAAAGAUUUAAGACCACAUAGCGACUUUUUUUUUUUUAAGCGCCUUUCUUUUCAGUGUACUGAUUCUGACACAGGAG